UCCCGUUGCCUAGUUACCGCUCAGGCCUUCGGGCCGGCAGCUUAGUAGCCCGAGACUAUAAACCACCGGAGGCCUUAGGAGUCCCUGGCCGCCCGUGUUCUUCAUAGCCCGGGGAAGAGCGAGGACGCAGGAAAUGUCUGUAUAGAUGAAUCAUCUGUGCGUUGCAUACAUUAAUAAUACUCAUCCACCUAUGAUAUGCUGGCUAUGGGCGAUUGGAGGACAAACAACAUGCCAGAGUCAGAAACCAGAAUAAUUUCCCGGUAUAACAGUGAACCCCAGAUAUCAUCCCCAAACUUUCUGCAACCUACAAUCAACAUAGGCAAAUCCUCUCAAGUUCCAGACUUCUGCAAUGAGGACAAUGUAGAACAGUGCGUAGCAUAUCUUGAACAGGAGUUGAAGACUUUGGGGUUUCCAUCCUUGCAAACGGUAUCAAGGAAUGGCAGCGGGAGAAGGUUACACGUAGUGUCAAUCUUAAACUGCAUCCAUGAGCUGCUCCAGCGUCACACACGAGACCUGAGAAGAAGAGAAGAUGUGGAAACGCAAAUUCUAAAAAUUAAUAGUGACUUGGAAAAUUUACAGAGCAAUCACUUCAAACUUAAGGAUCAGCUUGAAGUGACAAAACGGGAGAACGCUGCUCUUUUGGAGAAAGAACGCCAGCAACAGUGCAAGAAUAACAGCCUCCUGCAGCUGCUGAAGAAUGAGAAAGAGGAGGCUCAGAAGUUACAGAACAUUAUUACCAGCCGCUCCACACAGCACAACCACAACAUGAAGAGGAAGGAGAGAGAGUACAACAAGUUGAAGGAGAGACUGUACCAGCUAGUGAUGGACAAGAAAGACAAAAAAAUGUCUAUUGAUGUACUCAAUUAUGUGGGCCGAGCGGACGGUAAAAGGAUGGCUUGGAGGACAAGUAAAACUGAUGCCAAGAACGAGGAUGAGAUGUACAAAGUUCUGCUCGGCGAUUAUGAACAGAGGCAGAAGCAGCUCAUGCUGGAGAACGCAGAACUGAAGAAAGUCUUGCAGCAAAUGAAGAAAGAAAUGAUCUCCAUUCUCAGCCCACAGAAACCGAGAGCAAAGGACAAAAUGGAAGAUAGUCUGGGACCAGCUCUUUCAGACAAUGAGGAAGAUACGGCAGACUCCAGUAAAGAGCACCUGUCGGAAUUAUCAUGCGAGGCAGUCAGAGAGCAGCUGGUUAACAGCAUUCGUCAGCAGUGGCGGAUACUGAAGAGUCACGUGGAAAAGCUAGACAACCAAGCUGCCCAAAUACGCGUGGCAUCACCAGACCGGAAGAGCUUGAUUGCCAAGGAAGAGCAUGAGAGAGAGGUGGAAAAACUGAAAGGUGAAAUCCUAGAGUGCAGGGAAACCAUCAAGAACCAGCAGCACCUUUUACAGCAACAAUUCAAUGUAGGACGUGAUGAAGAUACAGCCACCCUCCUCCAGGACUGUUACCUCCUUGAAGACCAGGAGAGACUCCGGGAAGAAUGGAAGUUAUUUAAUGAACAAAAAAAGAAUUUUGAGAAAGAGAGAAGGAAUUUUACUGAAGCUGCCAUCCGUCUGGGACACGAGAAAAAGACGUUCGAAGAGGACCGAGCACUGUGGUUAAAACACCAAUUCCUAAACAUGUCCUUGUUUUGUGAUCGCAAAAGCGCUGAGUACUGCCAGCCUCAAAGUGCCUUUUCAAGCCAAGAGCAGGAAUGCCAUAUAAUCCAAACAAAGUCACCUCAAACCAAACGCCAUAAGACACCUCCAGGCGAUGUCACAAGAAGCAUCGGAAAGUCACUGCCCAUCACCCCUCCCUGCAACCAGCAGCAUCUCUACAGAUACAGCAGUGCAAGAAUGGAUUCAAGCAGCAGUGAUCUAUGAAUGAGAAGUGGAGCUGGCUACUGCAUCAUCCGUAGCGUGUGCAUGCGCUGGGUUGUGGCCUUCUCGAUGAUUUGUUCUGUGUUUAAUUUAUUACCACUUCCUCCAGUGUCUGGGUCUCACUCUAUUGCUACAGCGUUCACUGCCCUGCAUACAUUACAUGGGUUACCCGUCUGUCCUAGGCACUGAAGCCAUGCACAAGCGGCAUGUUGGUUUAUUCUUUUGUCUCUUGUUUGUAGUGUGUCUGAAGUUCUAUAUUGUGAAUAUUUUCUCUCAGGGAAUAAAGUUUAAAGGUAUAUAUCAUGGCCUUAAAUUGGCAAAAUGCAUUUAAUGCCUGCUCUGUUGAGAAUGCAGAUACUUUGAAGGCCUCUGAACAGAGGUCAGUGUAGAAAAUAUUGAAGUACAGAGAUUUAGCUGGGGUGGCCUGCUGGUAGGCUACAGCCUGGUAAAGCUGUACUAAAUCUCAACAUGGGAGGUGACCAAAGUCUUCGUUCACAAAUGAUGCUCACAAAGUGCAAACUUAAAUAUCCAGCAGCAAGUAGUUAACUUAGAUCU